UAAGGCGAAAACGAAGAAACAGUAGUAAUUGGUUCCUUUGGUUGGAGACAAAAAGGGGAUUUUUAGCUGCGAAAUUGAGAGGUUUUAGUGGGAAAAGGCAACGAGAAACCAUAAACCCUCGCAUUUCUUUCGAAAGGUUUUUUUUUUUUUUUGAAAAAUAAUUAUUCUAAAACCCUCUUUUCCACAGAACUGCCGCCUUUACCCUCCACAACCAAGCCGUCCUAUGGGGAAGGGAAGACGCCGUCCGCGCACACCCGGCAGUGGCGGCGGCGGUGGUGGACGCGGCGGAUCUUUGAGAAAAGCUCUUAUGCGGCAAAUUGAGUCAUGCCCAAACAAGAACCCCACCGUCGACGAGCUCGUGAGCUACAUCCAAUCGGUGAACAGGGACUAUGCACGGGUAAAGCUCAGCGAACUCACCAGACAAGUCAACAGCAUUCAGCAAGAACUCAACAGUAAGAAAUUACAGAAUUCUGCAGUUGAUAGUGACGAUGAUAGUGGUAGCGAUAGUAAUGAUGAUUAUGUGUUGAGAAGUAAGAAAAAGGUUAAAACUAUGGACAAAGAUGAGGAGAAAUUACAGGAAAUGGAGAUGAGGCAUGUGAUUAAUUACAGGAGAAAUUCCGUGGAGGAGGAGAAUGGGGUUUCUACUGUGUCUACUUCGGAGGAAGAGGAGGUUUCCACAUCUGGUGAUUCGAUUUUUGAGGAGGCGUACGAGCCUAAGUUUGAUGUGAUGAAGUCUCAGUUGAGGGACCGGUACAUUGCGAAAACCGGAAGGAACGACGAGGCGAAAGAUGAACAGGCAGUGGAAUUGGAGGUUGUGAGUAAUAGUAAGAGGAAUCAGAAAGUUGAUUUGUUUAAAGAAAAAAGAGGUAAGAAGAAGUUAGGAGUGGCGAAGAACAAAGUGGAACCGGAUGGGGAGAGGAGUGAUGAAAGGGUUCAAAAUGGCGGGCCAAUGUUUAAAGAUUUAGGUGGAAUGAAUGGAGUUGUGGAGGAACUGAAGAUGGAGGUGAUUGUGCCAUUGUAUCAUCCCCAUCUGCCUCUGCAUCUUGGAGUUAGGCCAAUGGCUGGAAUUUUGUUGCACGGACCUCCGGGAUGUGGGAAAACUAAGCUUGCUCAUGCUAUUGCUAAUGAGACCGGUGUUCCUUUCUACAAGAUAUCUGCUACCGAAUUGGUGUCUGGUAUCUCAGGUGCUUCAGAAGAAAACAUAAGGGAACUGUUCUCUAAAGCAUACAGGACUGCUCCUUCAAUUGUUUUUAUUGAUGAGAUUGAUGCUAUAGCUUCAAAAAGGGAAAAUCUGCAGCGUGAAAUGGAAAGAAGGAUUGUAACACAGUUGAUGACAUGCAUGGAUGAAUCACAUCGACCAGGAAAACCUGUUGUCGGGGAGUCAGAAUCAGAAAACGCAAAUGCUAGACCCGGUUAUGUUUUAGUUAUUGGAGCUACAAACAGGCCUGAUGCAGUUGACCCUGCUUUAAGAAGGCCCGGGCGAUUUGAUCGGGAAAUCGCUUUGGGUGUUCCAGAUGAAAAUGCGAGGGUUCAGAUUCUUUCAGUCCUUACACAAAAUCUUAAAGUUGAAGGUAACUUUGAUCUGUUGAAGAUAGCGAGGGCAACCCCGGGAUUUGUUGGGGCUGACUUGGCUGCACUCACCAACAAGGCUGGCAAUCUUGCAAUGAAGAGAAUUAUCGACCUCAGAAAGCUUGAGUUUUCAAAAAAUAAUGUGGAUGGGGAGCAUUCCGAGGACUGGUUAAAGCAACCUUGGUCGCAGGAAGAGAUGGAAAAGUUAAGCAUCACCAUGGCUGAUUUUGAGGAAGCAGCUGGAAUGAUUCAGCCAUCUUCGAGGCGGGAAGGCUUUUCUGCAGUUCCAAAUGUGAAAUGGGAUGAUGUUGGAGGGCUACAUGUUUUGAGACAGGAAUUUGACCGUUAUAUUGUCAGGCGUAUCAAGUUUCCAGAGGAUUAUGAGGAUUUUGGUGUGGAUCUAGAGACGGGAUUUUUGCUUUAUGGUCCUCCAGGAUGUGGGAAAACAUUAAUCGCCAAAGCUGUUGCAAAUGAAGCUGGAGCAAAUUUUAUACAUAUCAAGGGUCCCGAACUUCUAAAUAAAUAUGUUGGUGAAAGUGAGUUGGCUGUACGGACAGUCUUCAGUCGUGCAAGAACAUGUUCACCAUGCAUACUUUUCUUUGAUGAGGUGGAUGCAUUGACCACAAAGCGCGGGAGAGAAGGGGGAUGGGUUGUUGAGCGGUUGUUGAACCAGCUACUGAUAGAGUUAGAUGGUGCCGAACAUCGGAAGGGUGUUUAUGUAAUUGGUGCUACUAAUAGGCCAGAAGUGAUGGACAGGGCUGUUCUCCGACCAGGACGGUUCGGAAAACUUAUGUAUGUACCUCUUCCUGACGCAGAAGAGCGUGGCUUAAUCCUGAAAACUCUUGCAAGGAAAAAGCCUAUAGAUGCCGAUGUCGACUUGAUGGCAAUAGGAAAAGAUUCAUGUCAAAAUCUUAGUGGAGCAGAUCUUUCUGCUUUGGUAUUAGCAACUUCUGUUUGUAACCAUCUCUUUCCUAUCUAGUCAAAGAAUAUUGUUCUGAAUCUUUAACUUGCAUUUUUUAUUUGUAGAUGAAUGAAGCUGCUAUGGCUGCCCUCCAAGACAAACUAAUGUCUGAUCACAAAAGUUCAGAUAGCAAGACCCCAUGGACCAUCAAAGCUGAGCAUUUUGAACAGGCACUGGGGAAAAUUUCCCCCUCGGUGUCAGACAAAGUACGGUUGAAUUUGACUUAAGUUUUCUGAAAUAUAAUCUCACGAACAUUCCUAUCCUGAAUUUUAAUACCUUUUUUCCUUUUUUUGUUUCUUUCUUAUUGUCUUGUGUUUGUGCAGCAAAUACAGUACUAUCAAGGCCUUUCUGAAAGUUUCAAAGCAGCGUGAUCGCUUAUUCAUCUGUUGCUUUCCUUGACAAAGAAUAGAAAGGUAAAAAUUUUGAGCACUUAGUGCCGUUGAGUGUAAGUAUCCAGAGAGUUGCCUGACUUGUAUCCCUUAAAAAGAGUCUUAGGAUUGGACAUUCACUGUCUCUAUCGUGGAGGUUGGAGGUUCAAUUUUUUUUUUUACGUCUGACAAGAUUCUUGUUAUAAACCUCAGUGUAAUAGUUUAGGUGUUUCAUGUUUGAAUGAAAAAGAAUCAAUUUUGUUUUGUAGAUAUAACUUGUUUUCCUGUUAAACUGAUUCUUUUUUGUUUUACCAAAGUUACCUUUUGCACUUUAGUGGAACCUCCUCAUUCAGUCAUUUGCAUUCUCUGUUAC